GAGAAUGAGCUCUACGUGAAACAGGAGAAGUGCUCAUUUGCGCAACAGGAGGUGAUGUUCCUAGGCCAUCGGGUAGGCCACGGGAAGAUAUCCAUGGACUUGGCCAAGGUGCAUGCCAUCCAGGAGUGGGAGCCUCCCAGCUCAGUCCCCGAGCUGCGAUCAUUCCUUGGCCUAGUCAACUACUAUCGUCGGUUCAUCCAGGGGUAUUCAGCAAGGGCCACACCCUUGACUGACUUGCUCAAGAAGAAGGUCUCGUGGGAGUGGACAGCGGAGUGUCAACGAGCCUUUGAGAACUUGAAGCAAGCGGUGAGCCAAGAACCAGUGCUCGCACUGCCCGACUAUGGGAGGCCUUUCGAGUUGCACACUGACGCGUCGGACUUGGCGAUCGGAGGAGUCUUGAUGCAAGACGGCCAUCCCAUAGCGUUCGAGAGCCGCAAGCUCAAUGACACGGAGAGGCGGUACCCGGUGCAUGACAAGGAGAUGACCGCCAUCGUCCAUUGCUUGCAGGUAUGGCGUCAUUACUUGCUUGGGAGCAGGUUCGUGAUCAAGACUGAUAAUGUAGCUACGAGCUACUUCCAGAGGCAGAAGAAGCUCACGCCCAAGCAAGCGAGAUGGCAAGACUUCUUGGCUGAAUUCGACUAUGUGAUGGAGUACAAGCCUGGGCGGGCUAACGUUGUGGCGGACGCGCUGAGCCGCAAGGCUACGUUCGCCUCCAUUAGUCGACUUGAGGGUGACAUACUGGAUCGUGUCAAGGAGGGUCUGGCGCAUGAUCCUUUUGCCAAGAGUCUUAUGGAGCUGGCUCGCGAGGGCAAGACGCGACGAUUCUGGUGCAAUGAUGGUGCUCUAUUUACUGUGGGCAAUCGCCUAUAUAUCCCGAAGUGGGAGAAUUUACGACGGGAGCUGAUGAAGGAGUGUCACGACUCGAGGUGGGCUGGACACCCAGGGAUCAAGCGCACCAUGGCACUGGUGGAAGAAUUGUAUUAUUGGCCACGGAUGCGGGAUGACGUUGAGGCCUAUGUGAGGACGUGCCUAGUGUGCCAACAAGACAAAAUCGAGCAGCGGCAACCUGGAGGUCUCUUGGAGCCCCUACCAGGCCCAGAACGCCCUUGGGAGUGUGUCACCAUGGACUUCAUCUCAGCUCUCCCACAGUCUGAAGGGUGCGGGUCUAUACUGGUCGUGGUUGAUCGAUUUUCGAAGUAUGGAACCUUCAUCCCAGCCCCACGGGAUUGCAAGGCAGAGGAAGCAGCCCGCUUAUUUUUCAAGCACGUAAUAUUUAGAGGGGCUAUAAAAGGCAAUUUAAUUAUAAAUUAUCCUUUAACUCCUCUAAAGGGAGCAGGAAAGUUGGCUGACUGGGGUUCCAGCCUCGCCGGACUGAUGUUCGUCUGGGCCACGUUCCAUCAAUUUUUCCCAAAAUUCCUCCAAGACUACAUUCAACUUCAGUGGAGGAAAUUGGUGAACUACUUCAAUCCCACCAUGACAAUCAUCUUCAAUGAGUACUCCAGUGGCCUCUACAAGCGCAGCGAUGCCUACACCGCCAUAGAAAGCUACCUCAGUUCCAAGUCUGCCGCCAGAGCUUCCCGGCUCAGAGCAGAAGUUGGGAAGAAAAACAACCCCAUGGUGCUCGCCAUGGACGAUUUCGAGAAGAUCCACGACGUGUUUGAAGGCGUCAGUGUCAAGUGGUUCAAAGGAAAACAUAUUCCUCAAGGAAAAACCAUAUCUUGGAGUCAUGCUGAUAACGAGAAAAAGUUUUAUGAACUCAGCUUCAGCGAGAAACACCGGACGCUCAUCACCGACAAGUACAUACACUACGUGGUGGAAGAGGGGAAGGCGAUCCAGAGUCGUCGGAGGCAGCGGAGGCUGUACAUGAACUGCUGUGGCGACGAGUGGGAUUACGCGGUUUUCGAGCACCCUGCUUCGUUCAACAACUUUGCCAUGGAUGAACAGAGGAAGGAGCAGAUUGUCAAUGAUUUAAUCACGUUUAGCCAAGGAAAGGAAUAUUAUGCGAAAAUCGGUAAGGUUUGGAAACGUGGGUAUCUGCUGUACGGCCCACCGGGAACAGGGAAGUCCACCAUGAUAGUCGCCAUGGCGAAUCUGCUCGGAUACGAUAUCUACGAUCUCGAAUUGACGACGGUGAAGGACAAUACUGAUUUGAAGAGGCUUUUGCUUAACAUCAAAGGGAAGUCGUUGAUCGUGAUUGAGGAUAUUGAUUGUUCCCUUGAUUUAACCGAUGUUGAAACUUGUCUGAAAUCGCUAAUUCAAGCACUGGAAAAGGCUAAGGAAGAAAGUAAACUCAAACUCAUAAAGGAAGAAGAAGCAAAAGAAGCAGAAGCAGAAGCAGAACAACAAGCUGAAGAAGAAGAGGAAGCAGAACAAAAGGCUGAAGAAGAACAAGAAGCCCACCAAGAAGCUGAAGGUGACAACGGCAACAGCGACAGUUACGAUGAAGAAACAGGAUCAGAGGAAUCGGAAUCAGAAUCAGAAACAGGAUCAGAGGAACCGGAACCGGAAUCAGAAUCAGAAACAGAGUCGGAAUAAGAGGAUGAAGAAGAAAAAGUUCACUUGUGUCUGUUUAAAUUUAGUUCAUUUUUACCAUGUUCAAUUAUCAAGACUUGUCAAUAAUGAAAUUCUCUUUAGUUU